CACCCUUACUUGGACCAUCUUUUCAUGCCACAGCAGCAUCUGACAGCCAGCUGUCAAACUCAACUCAUGGAGACCAGGUCCAUAUUCCAUGUUCUCCGAAGUCCCUGUGCCACGGAAUGCCAGCCUUCUGCGACUGGGUGUUCGUAGGCAAAUGGUUUCUUUCCCUUGCCAACCUCGACGAUUCUGGUUUCCCCCGCUUCCUAUACUCGUGUUCUGACCGUUGGCGCGUGUACCCUCCAGCAUAAAGCAGGAAUGUUCCCCCGUCAAGGGUCUGUUGUCAACGCUUUGACCCUAUGCAUCAACCCGACAACCGAAGCCUCAAUUUAGAUAUUGCGCACUCCUUCCUGGUCCUUUCGUUUGGAACAUUCCGUCGUGAUUCUUUGAAUAACGUUGUACAACAACGGCGGCCUGGAUGCUUGCUGUGACAGUGUAACGACAACUCGGCACAUCGCUGCUACUUGGAAAUAGCAGACAGGCUUCCACGUGGAGCAAUGGUCACACACCAAGGAGCGCGACAUGGUAUGUACACCAGAUCUGCAGACAAAAGCCUGCCAGACCUGCCGCACUUCUCGAUAGAGAGUCAUCAACGGCACAUGGACGAGGACGAAUCCUGUCCUAGCCCAACAAUCCACAAAUAUGGAGAGGUCAGACUGUCCCCUCGACAUACUCGACCCCGAUUGCCUCAAUUUCAGCAGUCGAAAAGAUGGCCCAAGGUGCACAACCGUGGCCGUAUAGCGCCAGACCCAAUUCCUCCCGUGUCGCCAUCGCCUGCAGAGCCUGCUGCUGAAACAGAAGAUAGAGUGCUCACCAUGCGCGAGGCCUCCUUUGAGCAACAGCGCGCAACGAAGAAGCCUCUUCUUCAGGCGACUGGCUCGCAAAGGUCUGCGCGCCCUAGAAUCACCAGCGACAGCAGCGUCGAGCUCCAAGACGGGGGCCUGUGCCGAUCAGCCUCCCCUCAUUGUUGGCAGACAGUUAAAGCUACUGUAACAAUGGCUCCUCCGACAACUACCAAGAAGCGGCGUAGGUCGCGUUCUCGAGGGCGCAAAGUCACGCCAACAAAGCACCGAGAGGUCAAGUUUCUACGAGGGUCAGAUAGAGUCGCCAUACCUGGCACAGUGCGAGUCGCCCAGCCAGUGAAGUCGCAAAGACCUUCGAUCACUUCGAAGCAGCUGCCUCUAUUACCUACAGAGUCUCAGACACCUCAAGAAGAGUACCGCGAUUCCCGAGCAUUGGCUGGAUUCGAUCAGCAGCGCCCGCCAUCUCCAGUACCGUCCCUACACGACCCAGAAAAGGACAGCAGGUUCUCUCUCGAGUGCCGCGAGCUUCUGCGUAGCAUGAAUUUUAACCAGGACUGGCUGUUACCUGCCGCAUCCGUUUUGCCCGCGGUCGGACCGAAAUCCCAGACCCUCCCGUCAUUACUGUCCGCGAAACUUAAUGGAGACCACUCUCGUCAAAACAUGUCAUUCCAGGACGCCCUCACCAAGCUAUCGCCUCCCGACCGCAUGCGUGGCCAGCGGACAGUACCAGACAUCACUAUCACCACAACAGAUUCCCCUCAGAAAACUCUGCGCCGUCCUGAAGCGCCAGCAAGAGCCUCGAGUAAGACUGUCUCGAAUCUGGUCAGCAUCUUGCAGAUGGCUCGCGCAAAGCCUUCGGCAAAUGCAUCUGUAUCGAAAGGGCAGUCGGUAUCAAGCUCUCGCCAGGCACCGCGAGAUGCCUCUCCAGUGGGACGCUCCAACGUGAAUCGAUCGUUUCUUCGAAUGCCUUCGACAGGAUCUACAACUGGCCAGACGUUAAGGAGUCCCCGAUCAGCCAUGAGUGUCGAUACUCUUGCAAAAAUCGAAGCACAAGUCCAAAGCGGCACAUCUGCGACGGUGAAUGAUUUACAAAAGCUCCCGUCUAUAAGCUCUGAGUCAAGGCACAGUGGUCCCCCAAGUAUACCUCCUGAGCGGCCAUUACCAGCUUUGCCAGCAGGUACUGUUCGCGGUGCCAGUCCUCGUCAUAGCAACGAAAGUUCCCGAAGUGGAAAAAGAACGCAAGCCGCAGCAGCGCCGAUGAUCUUGUCACCUUCAACCAUUCGAGUCGUGGGUCAAUCGCCACCUACGGAAGCAGUUCCUCCUUCGACCAUGGGCGAAGCAUUGGAUUCAAUUGGAAAACGAAGAGCUGCCGAGGACAAGAUAAAAUGGCCCAAUAGAAAGUCGACAGAUAUAUCUUCACUCAUCUCUCGUCAAUCGACGGAUUCUGGCAUUUCCACAAAGUCGUCGCGGAAUCUUCGUCACAGCAUCUCCAGCGCUCGAGCCGACAAGGUUAAGGAAAAGCGAAUGCGAGAUCUUGCAACUUCAAGAAAUCAAUCGCCCAAGUCUGACCGACCUACAAGCAGUGAAUCAGUCCAUCAUAGCAGUGAUUCCGCGCAUCAUCAAACUACUACACCCCCGACAUCGUUCGACCGCCCUACUCCUGGCGAAGCUCAAGAUGGUAUUGACCAACUCGAUCAAUUUCCAGCUGUACCAGCUUCACGUCCUAGUAGCAGUCUCGCGAAUGUGCCUGUUGUUUCACACAGUCGAGGCCAGAGUUACAAUAGCUUGACCAGCCCAGUCCGGCGAUUGUCGAGAAAGGGUGCAACCGGAAAACCUGUUCAAGUGCUCGGGCAAAGCAAUAUUUUUGUUGUCGUCGAUUCUGAUCCGGUAACUGCACGCUUCCGUGCGGGUGCUAUGAGCCCAACGCCCAGCAUCGGUGGUAAUGCGGGUGGUCGUCCCUGCAGUCCACUCAAGCCCAGAGAGAAGCGAGGCCCAUCAAGCCUGAGGGAGGUGGCCACCCAACCAGUUAGUCCUGCUAGGUCACACAAGUACAACUCUAGCAUUCAGGGAGAACAAUUUGAAGCUUCUGCGGAACCUGUCUCCUCACCCAGGAAGGUAAAGCGACAUGCGAGACAUCAAAGUCUGCAACAAAGCAGCUCAAGCGAUGAGUCCACGCCGGCUAGUGGACCUCGGAAGUCUCCUCAUAGAGCCUCGCGUCGACCGAUAAAGCGUCGAAGAUGGAACAGUGGCGACAUCAGCCUCAUCAAGACCUUGCAUGAAAACCUUGAGGACUACUACGGAACGAUCAUGAAGCAGGAGGAGAGAAUACGAUGGCAAGCCAACCAAAUUCGCAUGAUGAUCAGGGUGAUUGCGCCCAUGAACCGUGCACGAGGCAUCAAGGGUCCUCACCUUGACGACGUCGUUGAGACCUCGCCCGGCGAGGACGAUGAAUACAUCAGCCAGCAAUAUGCACGGAGUCUAACAAGUGGGCUGCGACCUCGGCGACAACAACGACAACCCAGCUCGGGCUCGCCGAUGGGUAGAGUGAGCAAAGAACGAGUCACCAAGCCUGGACAGGGACAUAGGCGUUAUAACAGUGGCGGGAACAACAGCACCGCUUCGGGAUCGGGGGCCAUGUCGCCUCGAUCGACCAACAAGCCUUCGGCUGACGAUGCUUCCAUGACCGACCCAAGGGACUAUGACUUGGCGGCACUUCCUGUGUCGGGGUUGCGUAAGGUCGCGCCUAUGCAACAUGGCAAGGAGAACCAGCCUCCCACGACCAGCAUGGUUUCCGGCAUUUACGGUGGUGAAACACUUCCGGCCAAGGCAUUGCACCACCCCCCACCAGUGUCGACUGAAAUUCCGAGAGGCAGAUUGCCGGAGGAGAUGAGCUUCUUGAGCCCGUCUAGUGCAGGUGCUCGAUAUGGGUACCAGCCUUCAUUUUUGCAUGUCGAUGAGGAAGAGGAACCUGAGGACAGCGAGGACGGGAGACGGCGUAAUUCCGCCAGGUUGAGCGUCAAUCACGUCCUUACGAGCACGGACCAGAUGGACAAGGCGUUGGAGGAGUUUGCUUAUAUCUAGGAGGGAGAUUAAGGGCGGGUGUUGAGCGUUGUUUAUUUCUGGUCAAAGGCUAACAGGACUCUAUGGACGAUUAAUGGACUACGAAGCGGCUUCUACCUUGACAUAUCAACAGGAAGUAAUAGUGUGAUUGCUAUCCAAUAAUGAUUGACUACUACUAUA